GGCGUCCUUGAGAACGAAAUUUGAGUUGCUAUUUUAGGUCUUAAAACUAAGAAAUAUUUGGUUUUCAUUUCAUUUGUUUGGCAUGUGCUUUACUAGCAAUACGUACGAAAUAUUUAUCGACACGAUUUCGUGUUUUAAAUGAGGUAUUUUUGCUGAUAUUAAUCGAGAAUCCAUGUCUUGUUAUGAUAACGUUGCCGAUAUCAAUGAAGUUAUGGAAUGGUCUUUGGAAGAAUUCUCGAUUCAGCCUUUACUUUGGCACUUGAUUGAAGAAAUGGUGUGUGAGCCAGAGCGACCUGACAUUAAAGUGGUUAUAGGAGAAGGACUUAUUGACGAAAACAUUGAACUGUUUGAAGAGGCAGCGUCAUUGUUGCAAAUAUGGCAAGAUUAUCGUGAUGAAACGGACAAAGAGGAAAAAAAUAUAGCAUUAAAUCAGCACCUCAGCAAACUUCCAGAGCCUCCAAUGAUGAGAGAAAACUUAAAGAAGGAAGUGAAAAUGUUUGUGGAACUGCUGCAACAAAAGGCUUGCGACAAUGGAAGAAAAGUAUCAAAUAUUCUCAGUGAAAAAGAUUCAAGCAUUGUAGAAUAUGUUAUGGAUGAGCAAAUGUUACUACCAAUGAAUACCAGACCAGCAUCAGCAACAAGUAGAUCAUCAGCAUCAUCCAGUAGGCCAUCCACUGCACGUAGCUCUAGUGAUGGCCGCCAAACACCAAUGAGGGCAACUCCCAAAAGUGAUGGCAGUAGCUAUGCUUCAUCAAUGAGUGAUCAUCUAGAGUCUAUGAAUGAAAAUCUCAAUGCAUUGGAGAUUGACAGAAUAGCUGAACAUCUAAGGGAAAUGUUAACUCAAGAAAGAAGCAGAUUAAAAGAUGAUAUAAACUUCUUACAGGAAUGCUUGUUUGAGGAAUCUGACUAUAGACAACARGUGUUAUCCUCGCCAGACCCGGAGCCGUCACUAAAAGAUUUAAGAGAUUUAGGGACAAAGUUAGAAAAAGAGCUACUCAACAGCAACGCACCWAUUACCAACGUCACUCCAAGGUUCCCGGACAAAAAAUUAUCGAAUUCCAGGCAAAACUCAGUGCAUGAAAAUCRUUUGGAAUCAAAACCAAAAGCAGUUCCUCCCAACAAACCAACUGUACCAAGACCACCGKUGUCACCGCCAGAAAGACAACAUAAAGGCUCAAAGCCGUCACGAUCUUUUCGAGUUUCUUCAGGAAGUUCCGUCAUGAACCCGUCCCCUCCCGGGACAGGGAAGCUUAUCCCAUCACCACCGAACUCUGCAAAGACGCAAAGACCCAGCUCGGCAGCACGUUUUAGGCGAUUAGUUGUAGAGUGGAGAGACUCUUCACAGUGAAUCGAGUGCCCGACACAUGACAUGAGAGACAAGGACUUCGCCCCGUGUUAGGUAAUCCGAAAUCCGGAGAAAAAUUAUAUAACUUCCGGAUCCGGAAUCAUCUUUGGAAUCCCGAAAUCCAGGAAACAUCCACCGAUUAGUAGCCUGUGUACAUCCGUUUCUCUGCCCUCCCAAAAAUCCCUCCCCGAUUUAUUACCGAUUAGAAUCCGUAAUCCGAGCGACUGGAGUCCAGAAUCCUGGACAGAGGAGCAGGAAUCCAGACCCGUUCCGGAUUAUCUUACAUGRGGCGAAAGGACUAAAAGUUAUUAACUGGUACAUCAAUUGCCUUUUUCCAACGCGACGACAUUUUGACCGUCUUCAUCCGGAACAGCAGAUUUGUACAGCAGAUUACCCUGGGUCCUAAAAAAUGUAUGAUUGUGCGCGCGAUGUUCCWACUGAAGAUUCUCAGAUAAUGGCCGUUUUUUGGGGGUUGGACGCUGUGUUUAAAAAUCUAGCAUUGGCAAAUAAGCCUGCUCGAGUUGUUGCCUAGCCUUUCCAUUACUGUUUCCAUCCAAGAUUUUUGUACAUGUCGAUCAAAAAUGAUGAUUUGUCCAGAGGCUAUGAAUGGGGCUUAGAGUGGCCAUGAAGUUUUUAUAAGACGUUUGGGUAUUUUAUYAUGCGAUAUCUUGUAGAGUAUGUUUUUAUAAGGUGUUACUUAUACUAAUAACAAAAAGUGUAAAUARUUGUAAUAUUGACCCAUUAUUUAUUUAUU